AUGGGGGUCCAGCAGGAUGCAAACAUUGAAGAGCUGCAGACCAAGGAGAGACCCUCUGAGCCUGGUGAAAUAAACAGUCACCAACAGAAUAAGGAGGGGACACCUGAUGCUGGAGAAGAAAGUGGUCAGCUACAGACUGAAGAGGGGACACAUGAAGCUGAAGAAGUCUGGAUGGAUAGCGCCGAAGAGAAAGCAGUCAGGGACGGGUGGGGUAAGGCAGAUGAGGAGCAAACCGAGCUACUGAAUGGAAAUGAACAGGAAGCGAACGACGUCGCAGAAAAAAUGUCUCAUCAACAGGCGGGAUCAGAACCUGUGGACGAAGUCCCACAGUCUGAGGCUGAUAACUGUAGUGCUGAUGGAGACCCUGCUGGAAACAGACUUACUGAGUUGGGCAAUACUUUCCAGUUUGGGUCAUCAAUCCACUCAUCAGAAGACAUAGAGGAAGAACCGCUGAUGGAGGAUGAUGAGGAACUCAUUGUUCUUGACGCUGAACAUCCCCUGGUCGCAAAGAAGCAAGCUGCACUGAAGCAUCAGCUAAUCAAGGAACUGGAGAGGCUCAAACUGGAUCUAAGGGAAGAGGUGGGACUUGAAAAGGCAGAGGCGAGCCAAACAGAAGAGAUAUAUGUGCAGUUAUACAGGGAGCAAGAGAGACUGAAAAGACUCCAGAUAAGACAAGAUGACCAACAGCAGACCAAGGUGCUGGCAGAGGGCAAACAUCGCCAGAUACAAGAUAAACUUGAGGCAGUAAAGAUUUGCCAUUCCAACACUACCGGCCAGUGCGACAAGACCAAGGCCAAUGUAUCCAACCUACAAACAGAACUAGACAGAUUAAGAUCACAUCUUCACUUCACACAAGAGGUCGGUGAGGAUCUUCACUUUAACGUGAAAGCCAUGAAGAAUUUCACACGUAAAACAGCAGCUAAGAAGUCCCAAGUUGAAGAUCAGAAACUCAAGCAGGAUUUGUAUGUGGAGCGCCUUACAAAGAGCUUGGAGAGACUAACACAACAGAAAGACAUGUAUGAGGUGCAAACGAAAGGCCAAGUUGCAACAACAGAGGCAACCAAAGAGGUUCUUUCUGAGGCAGAAAUGCAAAUGGCGACUCUGGUUAUGUCACAAAAACAGCUGUUACAACAGUGGAACAGGAGUUUAGUGGAUUUGAGGAGACGAGAUGAAGACUUUAGAGCAAUUCAGGAGGCUAAUCGCUUGACAGAACACCAAGUGAUUGUGCUGGAUAAACAGAUUGAAAGCUUCAAGAAAUCUAUCUCUCAGCUCCAGGAGGAAAGUGAGACAGUGACCAUGCUGCACAACUUUGCUCAGAUGGACUGUGAUAUCUCCAAAAAGAUGAUCAGUCAGAAGCAGACCCUGCAUGAAAAUGUGCAGGCCCAAUACAGCACCUAUCUUCGUGCUCUGGGGCAGACGGAGCAGAUGCUUGCAGAACUCACGAAGGAGUACAAUACUUGUCAGAUUGAAGUGACUGAUCAAAGACGAAAGCUAGAAAAAAACAAAGACAAGCACCUAGAGUUGGAAAAGUGUGUCAUGACCCAAAUGUUGCAGAAACUCAUCGACAACAAGGCUGCUCAGUAUUAUCAGCGACUGAUAAAUGAGAAAGUGUCUCUCAAAAAAGAGAAGGUCUAUCAGCUGUGGAUUUUAGAGAGUGAGGUAAUGGCAGCUACAUUGGAGAGCAAAGUGAUCAGUGAGAAACUAGGAAACUUGGCCCGAUCUCAGAAGGAACUUGAUGACGAAAUCACAAAGUACAACAAAGUGAUCGCAUCCAAUCAGGCUGAAAGUUCUUCCAUUGAUGCACUUAUCACACAGAAAGAGACCGCCAUUGCAAACUACAACAAAAAAAAGGACUUUAUUGCAGCUCGCACUGGGCAUGAAGACCUUGGUCCUCUGCAAAUCAAAAUAAAGGCAAUAAAGACAGAAACUGAGGAAUUAUCAGAAAAAAUCAAGAAUGAUCAACAACUGUGGUUAAAGAACCAGGGAACACUUGUAGGACUGGCUCUAGAGAUUCAGGCAAACAACAAGGACUACAACAAACUUCAGGCAAAGUACACAGUAAUCUGUCAAAAGAAGAUUCAUCUGGAGCGCCAGCUUGAAGUCAUGCACCGUGAGGAGAAUGAUGUGGAGAAGAACAGGAAGAUGCUUCAAAGAGACUUGCUGAAGCUCAACACCCUUCUGAGCAAGAACGCCCAGUUGCAGCAUGCUUUGGAACAGGAGAAUGCUUUCAUAGAGGCGGACUUUAUUCACAAACUUAAGGAGGCUGAGCGGGAGUCUAUAGAGAUGGAGGUGAAAUUGGAGAAGACCCAGGGUGAAAAGGAGAAACUUCUCAACAGUUUGUUGGAGUCCGAGCGACAGAUCAUGCUUUGGGAAAAGAAGACCCACCUUAUGAAAGAAACUCUCUCAGUUGUGGGAGAGGGUCAUUCAGACAUCCAGAUAAUGAAGGAUGACAUUCACCGUAGAGAGCGGCAGCUCAACCAGCUGAUGAAGCAGCAGGAGCAGCUCGUCAAAGAUAGUGUUGCGGCUGUGGAAAAGAGGGGAAACAUCAUUGAACGCCACAAUGCCCGGGCCCGCAGUAAUAUAAAGCAUAUUACGAAGGGCGAGCUCAAUCUGAUGAAUGAUGGCUUGCGCCGCAAAUUAAAGGAAACACAAAAGAUGGUCAAAGAGUGGGACCAAGAGAUAAAAGAACUGCAGGAGAGCCAAGACCAAGCUCAUCUGUUGGAAUUUCAGAGAAAGGCUAAGAAACUCCAAGAAGUGACUGAUGGAAAAUAUCGCCCCUCAUCCUCAUCUAGUCAAUCGGUGGAUGCUGCUACUCAGAGCCUUAUGGAGCGCGUGCAUGCCUUCAGCACAGUUAUUCACAGUGUGUGUGAGAAGUUCCCCGAUCACAGAUCGAGCCUCAGUGUUUUGAUACAGUCAUUGGCAGCAGGCAAACACUGCCUCCUGGAGCCGAAAGCAACAUGUGAGUGA